UAUUGCCUUCCCCCACCUCAAGCCUGUGUUAAUCAAUGUUUUCAGCCUCCCUUUAUCUACAUGUCUGGGCCUGUAGUCACUGCUUCUUUGGUGAGCAGUCCAUCAGAUGUUUUCACUAUUGCUGUGGCAGACAAUGAAACAGGAAUGUUGCCACUUGCGGAUUGUACUGGAAGAAACAAAACUGGUCACUGGAGUCUGAAUGUAACGUAUCAAGGGAAUGUUUCCAGAGUGAUGGUCUCUUUGACCAGGAGUCUGCAGCUGUGUACUUCCAAUUUCACCAAUUGCUGCAAAGAAGCCCUCUGCUUGGUUGAAGCUUUGCAGGUCUCAGCUUGUCGAGACUCGGUGGUGGUGGCCCAUCUGUUGAUCCAAGCUGAAAUAUAUGCUAAUACAACCUCAGGAAAUGUGACAGGGAAAGGAGAAGAUAGUACAACAGUGAUCCCCAAUCAAGUGUUCCAGCCACUGGGAUCUUGUCCUUGCAAUCUCACUGCAGGAGCCUGCGAUAUCCGUUGCUGCUGUGAUUUGGAUUGCACCUCAGAGAUGAAGCAGCUGUUCAAUGGGUCAUGUUUUAAAGGAAUAUUUGGUGGGGAUGUCAGUCCACCUUUUGACCAACUGUGCUCUGUCCAGACAGGGAACAAUGCCCCUGACUGGUUUCCCUUCCUAUGUGUGCAGUCUUCCAUUAACAACACACCUUUCCUUGGUUAUUUCUAUCAUGGGACUGUUUCUUCACCCCAAGUUUCUUCAUUUAAAGUACCAUUACAAACCAUCCCUGGAAAACUUUCCACUGGUUACAGACAAGGAGAUCCAGUUAUGACUGUGCAGAAUGGGUACUUUACAGUUCCUCAGCAAUUCCUAGCUGGGCAAUGUGCAAGAAAUGCCCCUGUUGCCUUCCUUCAGAAUUUUGAAGCUGAAUGUCUCAGUGCUUGUGAUGGAGUGGGGAGCACACCACUUAACAUAGCAAUAAACAGCGGUACUGGAGACAGCAUCAAGCCACAGGUGACGCAUGAGAGGAAAGACACUGAUGUAGGUGGCUGCACUGGCAGAGAAUGCAGAAAUGUGAUCUUUGGAGAAGAUUAUACAAUCAUAUGGGAAGGCAGGAGAAUAAUAGAAAUAAAAGCCACUGUCAUUUCUGGAGCAGUAUGUCCAGAAGAAAUACUGACACAGAAAUUCACGGUCAACUUUGUGAGUGUAAACACUACAAGCAGAGAAGAAUUGUCUGGGAAUCCAGGUUAUCAAAUUGGCAAACCGAUUAGAGCAGCAAAUCUGAAUUCUUCCGAUGCUGUUACCAUUUUGCAACUUUGGAAGCCCGAUGGCAAGGGCGUGUGUGCAUCGGCAGGUCUCACACCAGUUUUGUUCGGACUAAAUUCAAUCUCUGGAUGCAUUUUAGAAGUUGAUCUUAAGGACAACUGCAAUCAGCUGAGGGAGAAUGUUACUAAAAGACUUAAUUCGUUGGUGCAAGCUACUCAUGUCGGAAAGAGAGGGAACUCCUCUACUAGCACCCCAGAUGAUUGGGUGGAAAUUAUUUAUUUAGAUACGUUUGGUGCAGAUACAAAUGCAAGUUAUGGAGAUUUGAAAGGGAUUUGCCUUGAUAUUCCUACCCACUUGAAUAUUCAGAUCAUCACUGCUGAUGUUGGAGCAGUAGAAGGGAUUCCACAGCAGGAGAUAGUUGGGGUACAGGUCAGUAUUUCAACAGUAACCUGGCAAGUUCAGUGUCCAAUUGCCUGUGAAGAUAAAACCAGCUCUCUUCCUAUCUUUGCUGCAGUGCAGUUUAUUAAAAUACCAGCUCAACCCCCUGCUCCAAUGACAAGAUUUCAGAUUAACUACACAGAAUAUGACUGCAAGAGGAAUGAUGUUUGCUGGCCAGAACUUCUUUAUCCCUUGACACGCUACUAUACUGGAGAACCGUACUCUCAAACUCUUGCCAAAGGCUUGAUGCUGGUAUUUUUCAUACUAGUUGCAGCAGUCCUGAGUGAUCCUUUGAGGAGAAUCCACAGAGUAUGGAAUAAGACAUGAGUCUUCAAUUACCCAGAAUAAAGCCAGCAUUUUGUUACUGCUUUUCUAUACUUUUAAUAUGUGGUACUGAAUGGAAAGAGACUUUUUUAAAAAAUGUAUAUUUUUCUAAGGGCAAAAAAUAAAAAGAUAACGGAUUUGCAAAAUGA